CCCGGCCCGGCUUGGAUCCGGAGGGGAAAACCGCAGGCCCCGAAGGCGCGAACGCCUGCGGCAGCCCGAGCAAAAUGCUUGUGCUGGAUGUUUGUCAAGGAUCACCUCUGGUAACCUCAUACAACCCUCCGAGGUUCAAGGCAGGGCCCCAGGUUCCAUGUGACGAUGAAGCUCUAACAUCCCUGCAGACCCAGUUCCAAGGCUCCAGCCAUCUUGUUGCUCACUGAGCACAGCAGCCCAAUGGCCAUCCCCAAGAGUCCCCAGAGCCCAGUGCCUUGGGACCAUACCAGCUUCCUUCGAGUGAAGGUGGAGGAGGAGGAAGUGGCUGGCCUCUUCCAGGGCCAAGAAUCCAGCCUCAGCCACACUGCCCAUCCUGAGGCUGCACGCCUGCGCUUCCGGCACUUCCGCUAUGAGGAGGUGUCCGGCCCACAUGAGGCCCUGGCCCAGCUUCGAGAACUGUGCCGCCAGUGGCUGCACCCCGAGGCACACUCCAAGGAGCAGAUGCUGGAGCUGCUGGUUCUGGAGCAGUUCCUGGGCACACUGCCCCCCGAGAUCCAGGCCUGGGUGGGGGCCCAGUGCCCCAAGAGUGGAGAGGAGGCUGCUGUGCUGGUGGAGGAUCUGACUCAGGUGCUGGACAAGAGAGGAUGGAAGCCAGGAGCCAAGCCCGCAGAGGCAGUCUGCAAGCAGAGCCAUUCCGAAGAGUCAAAGCCGCCAAACGUAGCUGCAGAAACCCACAUGGGAGGUGUUUCCGCCUUUAUCAAUGCCUGUGAACCCAAGGGCAGCUCAGAGAGGCCAGCAGGACUCUCAGGGGAAAGCUGGACAAAGGCUGUCACCCAAGACCUGGAUUUCAGGAAAACUUCAGGGCCUCACAAGGACGCCCCCACAGACCAGCCUGGCCAUGAAUCUGGUGCCUGGGAAGACAGUUCCAACAUGUGGCCAAACUUCACCUCCCAAGAGAAAGCUGCUUCAGAAGAGAAAUUUGAUGUAUUGGAUGGAUAUGGGACAGAGUCUCCAUACACAUUGUCAGAGACGAAGUUCUCCAAGUGUGGCGAACGUAGGAAAACAUUCCAGAGCGCCGCAGCCCUUGAGGCACACCAGAAGAACCGCUCUCGGAAGACGCCUUAUGCCUGCAGCGAGUGUGGGAAAGCCUUUGGCCGGAGCACUCACCUAGCCCAGCACCAGGUUGUCCACACAGGGGUGAAGCCCCAUGAGUGUAAGGAAUGUGGAAAGGCCUUCAGCCGAGUCACCCACCUGACUCAGCACCAGAGGAUUCAUACCGGAGAGAAACCCUAUAAAUGUGGGGAAUGUGGCAAAACCUUCAGCCGCAGCACCCACCUCACCCAGCACCAGCGGGUGCACACAGGGGAGCGGCCCUACGAAUGUGACGAGUGUGGGAAGGCCUUCAGCCAGAGCACCCACCUGACUCAGCACCAGCGCAUCCACACUGGGGAGAAGCCCUACAAGUGUGAGUCAUGUGGGAGAGCCUUCAGUGACUGCUCAGCUCUGACUCGACACCUGAGAACCCACUCUGGCGAGAAGCCGUAUCAGUGUAAGGUUUGUCCAAAGGCCUUUGCGCAGAGCUCCUCCCUCAUCGAGCACCAGAGGAUCCACACAGGAGAGAAGCCCUACAGGUGCCGCGACUGCGGGAAGGCCUUCAGCCGCAGCUCAGCCCUCACGGUUCACCUGAGGAUCCACAUCACGCUAGUGCAGUGAUGGGAAGUAGUUCCUCACCUCUGGGGAACGACUCUGCAUUUGAGGGCUCAGACAGAGGCCCCUGAUGAACACAUAGUGAUUCAGGCCAGCUGGAGAAGCUUCUGGAAGAUUCUUGCUGCCCUCCAUAUCUCACUCAGGCCUGUCCCAGAGAGAGAACAGCUGAGCUGAGGAUUUGGAUUAGUUCUCAGGGAAGGCAAGUGUCUGUCACAACCCAGUCCCAAGAUGCUCUGGGCAGGGAGACUCCAGCUCCUUUUUCUCACAUGGCUGCUCUUCUCACCUGUUCCUCUGCUGUUUAACCCAGAAGGGACGCCUGCCAUGCCCACCUCUGUGCCUUCACACCUACUAUUUCCACUCCACCCUAUUUUGUGCCCAACUCCAAGGUUGACUUUUGAGGCUGCCUCUCCCGUGAAGUUUUCUUCAGACUCUCCGUCUCUGUCAUGUUCUCUCUGUCCUAAUCAAUGGUGCUGCUUGACACUUGUCCAACAUCUGUUUCUCCCUCCACUCUCCUUCCACAUCCCACCAGUCACCAGCCCUGUUGGUUUUACCUAAAGCUCAUCUCUAACCCAUCUUCUCCUUCUCCACCACCAUUACCUCAUGUGAGCCCUCGUUGCCUCUUGCCUGGAUUACAACAGGGGGCUCCUUCCUAAACCCUUCCUGCCUUCAUUCUCUUGCCCUGUUUUAUUCUCCAGGGGGCUCUUUUCAUUACCCAGAUCUGAUUGUGUCACUCCAUGGUGGAAAGCUCUCCAGUACAUCACCUAUAGCAAAGCUUCCUGAAUGGGUUACAAGUCUGCCAAGAUGUAGGUCCCUUUAGGCACCGAGUAACCCUCCAGUUAUCCUCACAUGUGCAUAUGAAUAUGUCUUUUUUCUGUGCGUGCAGUGAUGUGAACAUGGUUUCAAAGUACUGCCCUGUGGGAUAAACCGAACUCCUUCACCUGCCAUUCAUGAUCAUUUGUGACCUGCAUGCUCUAGCCUUAUCUCCCACCGCGGCCCCACCUUCUGAAUGCCAGCCAUACGGAACUGUGUACGUGUGGUUCCUGAAGAAGUCAUACUUUUCCCUAUCUAUGUGCCUUUGUACAUGUGCCUGGAACCCUCCUCUCCUCUUUCCCUAUGACAUUUCAAAUGUCCCUUCCCAAGGAAGCUUCCUCCACUUCCCCAAGCAGGCGUCAACUUGCCCUCUCUGCUUCCAUAGCACCUCGUACUUACCUCUCUUACACCUCCUACCUGUUGUUUUACUCAUUUACUCCAUGCAGAGCUCAUAGUCUGUAUUUCCCAAGGAUACUGUGAGUGCCUGAGAGCAAGGGCUGUGUGUUACUCUCAGUAUGCACACACACAAGACGCAAUAGGCCCUGAGUGAUGUGUCUUGGACACGUGACUGGUGCCUUCCCUGAGGCAGUCACCAUGCUCUGCCUCACAUCAUUCUUACAUAUGUUUACAAGGAUGUCUCCCCACCAGCUACGGACUGUGCAGGGCAAGAACAAUCUGAUUUUCCUAGGGCCUCAGCGUCCAGACAA